UUAAUGCAAAUGAAGUUUGCUUUCUUAAACUUAUUGAUUACAAUCUUUUCAUAACUGAAGAUGUUUUCAAACGUUGGAGCAGUCUUCUUUUAACCCAUAUCCAAGCUAUUUCAGGCCCUGAAAUAUCGAGUCCAGAUGCGUUCAGGAGAGCCGAAAAUCAAAAGGCUGUUGCUGUAUUCUGUGAAACUUUGAAAUCAAUGGAUUCAACGACAUUUGAAUGUAAAAAAAGGAUUAAAAAAUCAAAUUUAGAAAUAAGUCCAAUUACUCCUGCAGCGAGUAUACCUGGAUCACCAAUUUCUAUAUUACCUAACUCAUUAAUCGAAAAAAUGGAGAAUACAUCUAUAAAUGUCCAUGAAUCAGAAUUGAAAAUGAAUUAUUGUAUUCAUUGCAAGCAACCCGUUUCGAUUCCACAUCUUUGCAAUUUAUUUGAGCAUUCUAGUCAACCUUCAACCCAAAUUUCUGGUAUUGACAGUUUUUUAGAUAAACAACGCGUAUUAUCAUUACCUGUUUCUACGUUUGGUAAUACCCGGUUUUUGGCAAAUGAUUGCAAUGAGACAAAAUUCGAAAAUGGUCAAAAUAAUCGGAUAGAAAGGAUUCUAGUACGGGCUUCCGCGUAG